UUUCAUGGCGUACUCUCUUACCACGCACCCCGCUUUUUCUAUUUCUGUCCGCAGUCAUGACUAUCCAAAAUUCUAUCUCCCAACUCAUUCCGGACCACUCCUGACUUCUUUUGUCUUCGUCAAUGUGUUUCGAUGCUCCUAAAAGCGAUCCUUCACGCAAAACUCAGGCGUACCCAAUAAAUUUCCUGCACUCAAUUUCAGGUUCCUCCUAUGGCUACCCAUGAAUGUCUCAUUAGCAGAGAAGUUUCGACAAAAUCAGACGAGACUGAGAGUCAGAACACUUCCACAGUGAGCCAAACUGUGUUUGGGGUUCUGCACUUGAUCACCUCCCUCAGUCUUAUUCUCGCGAUUGAUGUUUUUUUGAAGAAAUUCUUCACGGCGGCCGCUAUUCAGUUCCCGAGCGCAUUAUUUGGGAUGUUCUGUAUAUUUUCUGCUUUGGUGGUUCUCGAUUGUACCUUGCCGUCUGCAGCUAUGGCCUUGAUGAAGUUCUUUGAACCGGCGUUUAUGUUCAUUCAAAGAUGGCUCCCGUUGUUCUACGUUCCACCGUUGGUUAUUUUGCCUCUUUCUAUUAAAGAUAUUCCAGCUGCUUCUGGCAUCAAGAUUGGCUUUAUUAUAGUUGGAGGAUGGCUGGCUACACUUUGUGUUGCUGGUUUCACAGCUCUGGCUAUAAGAAAAGCUGUAAAGACAGAAAUGAUAGAUGCUGAGCCUAUGCAAAAGCCAUCUCCAUUUUCUUCCAUUGAAAUGUGGGCUUGGACUGGGGUUUUCCUUAUAUCACUAGUUGUUGCAUUUCUUAACCCAACAGCAUUGGGAACUCAUGCUAGAACAUGCCUUCCCUUCUUGCUUGCUUCCAACGUGUCAGGCUACAUGCUUGGUUCCAGGCUUCCAUCAAGUGUGAGGAUGGUCUUCCAUCCAAUUAUUUGUUGUACGCUAUCUGCAGAUCUGACAGCAUUGGCUUUUGGAUAUCUCUCUAAGUUAGGCUUCGAACCCGUUCUAGGAUAUUAUCUUACAAAUACAUCCUCUAAUCCGGGAGCUGGUGACAUUCUAACGUCAUUUUUGGGUUCUGUUAUUCUCUCUUUUGCUUUCUCUAUGUUCAAACAAAGAAAGCUUAUAAAAAGGCAUGCAGCUGAGAUUUUCACCUCUGUCAUAGUCUCAACAGUAUUCUCAUUGUACUCAACUGCUCUCGUUGGACGUCUUGCUGGGUUAGAGCCAUCUUUAACAGUGUCAAUACUACCCAGAUGUAUAACAGUUGCUUUGGCCCUUAGCAUCAUAUCGUUUUUUGAAGGUGCCAACUCAUCUCUCACAGCAGCUGUGGUGGUUUUAACUGGUCUAGUUGGAGCCAAUUUUGUGCAAGCAACACUUGAUAAACUUCGUUUUCGCGAUCCAAUUGCUCGAGGAAUUGCAACUGCAUCUAGUGCCCAUGGUCUAGGAACCGCAGCAUUGUCUGCCAAGGAACCUGAGGCACUCCCAUUUUGUGCAAUUGCUUAUGCUCUGAAUGGUAUCUUUGGCACUACACUUUGCUCUAUUCCAGCUGUCAGACACAGCUUGCUCGCAAUUGUUGGCUGACACUCCGAGUUGUAUGUGUCACAAGGAAGCACAUGCCAUUCCUUGACAGAAUUUUUCAUCCCUCAAAAUGCCAUAACAUGUCCCAUUGUAUGUAUUGACUAUUGAGCCAUAGUAAGAAUCUCUACUUCAUUUAAAA